AUGGAGUGUAACAAGGACGAAGCUAGAAGAGCGAUUGAUAUCGCCGAGAGGAAAAUCUCAGCGAAUGAUUACGAUGGGGCUAAGAAAUUCGUAAACAAGGCGGAGCGUCAGCCUGCGUCUUCGCAGAAACAGAAGCCACCGAAGCCACGCGAGCCUGAGCGUCAGCCUGAGUCUUCGCAGAAACAGAAAACACCGAAGCCACGCGAGCCUGAGCGUCAGCCUAAGUCUUCGCAGAAACAGAAAACACCGAAGCCACGCGAGCCUGAGUGUCAGCCUGAGUCUUCGCAGAAACAGAAAACACCGAAGCCACGCGAGCCUGAGUGUCAGCCUGAGUCUUCACAGAAACAGAAGGAUGCACAAGAAAAAUUUAAUAGAUCUUUUGAGGAACUAAAGAAAGACAUUGAUGCUGCUUCUGCUGCUUAUGCUGCUUCUGCUGCUGCUGAUGCUGCUGAUGUAGAGAGACUUUCUAAGAUUUCUGAUGCUGUAGAGAGACUUUCUAAGAUUGCUGAUUCUGUUGAAGAGGGACUUUCUAAGAUUUUGGAGGAAAUAAAGUCCACUACUUGUGAAGCAGAGAGGCUUUUCAAGAGGCCGAUGAACACAGGGAAUGCAACUUUUGAAGCAGAGAGUCUUUUCAAAAGGAGGAAACGCAAACUCUACUUUUGA